AUGAGGAAGAGCCAGAGGGCAGUGUGGGCGGCUGGGGAGGACUGGGGUCCCAAUGCCUCCCUUGAUUCAGAGCUUCGGGGCGCCCCAGUCCCCGACGGCGUCGCCGCGGGUACGAGGGUCCCCCGGGGGCCCCCGGAGAAGCUGUGCGCGCCGCCGGGGCUGGAGGAGGCCCUGAGCUCGCUGGGGCUGGCGGGGGAACGCGAGUAUGCCGGGGACAUCUUCGCUGAAGUCAUGGUGUGCCAUGCGCUGCCCCGGAGAGCCCUGCCCCGCACCAUUACUCCAGAGAUGCGUGCGCUAGUGGUGGACUGGCUGGUUCAGGUGCACGAGUACCUGGCCCUGGCGGGGGACACGCUUUACCUGGCGGUGCACCUGCUCGAUUCCUACCUGCGCGCCGGCAGAGUGCGUCUACACCGCCUGCAGCUGCUGGGCAUGGCCUGCCUGUUCCUGGCAUGCAAAAUGGAAGAGUGCGUGCUCCCCGAGCCUGCCUCCCUCUGCCUGCUGAGUGCCGGCUCCUUCUCGAGGGCAGAGCUGCUCCGCGCAGAGCGCCGCAUCCUGAGCCGCUUGGAUUUCCGACUGCACCAUCCUGGCCCGUUGCUGUGCCUGGAGCUGCUCACUGCGCUGGCGGGCAGCGGCCCCCAGGUGAUGCUGCUCGCCACCUACUUCCUGGAGCUGUCCCUGCUGGAGGCUGAGGCUGCAGGAUGGGAGCCUGGUCGUCGCGCAGCUGCGGCUCUGAACCUGGCACAUCGCGUGCUCCACGGGGCGGGCUCCAGGCCCAAGCCGACGCUUUACAGCUCCGUGGAGCUGGACCCCCUCGAGCGGUGCAUGGUCCGCGCCUCUCUCCGGGGCCCCGCUCCAGGCCGCGCCGCGGUCUUCCUCAAGUACGCGCGGCCCCAGCGCCAGGGCACCAGCCUCGCCGCCGCCCGCCUGCUCCGGCGUCCCCAGCCUGGGCCUCCCUGA